AUGGGGAACACUAAUGUUAAAGAUUCACAAGUAGCAAAGAAAGUGAAAGAGAAGUUCAUUCAAAGUGAUGCAGGCGAUGGCACCAAGGCCACGGAACAGUAUAUCCACGGAUAUCGGUUGGCUUUCACGUUGUUCAGCAUAGUCGCCAGCCUUUUCAUCGCUGCCUUAGACCAGACUAUUGUGGCGACCAUCUUAACAGAAAUCAGUGAGGAGUUUGGCAAUUUUGAUAAAGUAGGCUGGCUCACGUCGGGAUUUCUUCUUUCUACGGCUUGCUUUAUGCCGCUGUACGGUAAGAUCUCCAUAGCUUUUGGAAGGAAGUAUACUCUUAUUGCGGGCAUCAUAGUGUUUGAGAUUGGCUCAAUUGUGGCUGCGUUGGCAACAGGUAUGGCCAUGCUAAUUGGCGGCAGAGUAAUCCAAGGUAUUGGCGGAGGUGCCAUCCAGUCUAUGGUUGUGGUGGUGCUCUCUGAGUCUGUGCCUAUAAACAAGAGACCACUUGCUAUGGCAUUAAUAGGUAUCACUUUUUCUGUGGCUUCCGUCGCGGGGCCCUUUAUUGGUGGUGCGUUUGCCUCUCACGUCACUUGGAGAUGGUGUUUUUGGAUCAACUUGCCUAUUGGUGGCUUUGCAUUGGUGAUGCUUACCUUGGCUUUUCGUCCUCCUACACCGAAGGGUGGCCUUCGACCAAAACUCAAGAAGAUAGACUAUCUUGGCACAUUUCUCUUUUCCACCGGUCUUGUGCUUUUACUUUUGGCGCUUACAUUUGGAGGUAACGAAUUUCCCUGGAAAUCGGCCGCCGUCAUUUGCUGCUUUGUCUUGGGCGGUAUUAUCACCAUCAUAUUUAUAUACUACAACUUCAUGUUGUCUAAAAAUCCUCUUAUACCAAAAGAGGUGGUUGUGGUACCAAAGAUCCUCAUGGCCACCCUGACGGCCAUCUUCAACUUUUGCUUCUUUAUGGGCAUUGUUACUUACUUGGCCAUUUACUUCCAGGUUAUUUGGCAAGCUUCUCCAUGGAAGUCCGGUAUUGAUAUGCUCCCUUUCAUCAUCACCGUCUCUUUAGCCUCGGUAUUCAAUGGUGUCUUCAUGCGUUUUACGAGGUACGUCAAGAUAACCAUGGUCGCUUCAGGAGUAUUAGGCCCUCUUGGUGUUGGUUUGUUUCUCAUUCUUGGAAGACAUACCCCACUCAGUCAGCGUAUUGGUUUGUUGAUUCCGGCUGGUGUGUCUGUUGGUCUUAUGUUCCAGAGUUCUAUGAUGAGUGCCCAACUAGAGGCCCCCGGCCGCGUUGCUGGCUCCAUGAUUUUGGUCACUAUAUUCAUCAAUUCGAUGAAGACAAUUGGCGGUGUCGUUGGAGUUGUCACAUCUCAGUUAAUGCUCACAGCUAGAGGUCAAAUCUACUUGGCUGACGUUGUGGCUUCAAAUCGUGAUAUCUCUAAUCUCUCGCCCAGACUUAUCAUCCAAUCACCUGCAAUGAUUUGGGAUUUUCCUGAGCCUGCUAAGGAUCAAGCACUUGACGCUUUUAUGAAGGCACUCAAGGACGUGUUCUAUCUCAACUUCGCAUACGCAUGUCUUGCCUUCAUCUUUUCACUCUUUACAACCAACAAGAAGAUUCCAAGCAAAAGCCAAAUUGCUCACACGGAUGAGGAUGACCAGCAGCCGAAGGAGGACGCAGCUACUGAUUCUUCGAAAAGCUCAGAUCGUACCUUAUCCACGGACGCAGUCAAGCUUCAAAAUGAGACAGGGCAAGAGACAGUAUAA